GCUUUAUUUGAUUCACGGAGAGGUGCUGCCUGGAUGAGCGAGCCAGAUGCAAGCUGCAAGUUCCUUUUAUUUGUCUGCUGUUAAGAGUUUUUUUUAAAACUGAACGUAGUUUAAAUACCGUAACAAAUGUUGUUGUAGAUUCUCGUUUUGACAAGCAUACGAAUCCACGGUGUAAAGUAUGUGACUUGAUUGCCUCAAUUCUGUGUUGGCGUCUUAUCGAGUCAGUCAGCAGGAAGAACAGUUUUGCAGUCAUCAGCUGGUGAAUGAAAAAAGAAAACCCUUUGAUGUCUUUAGUAGAAGAUAUUGUGCAUGUGCUGCACAUCGUCCUGGAUUACUUUGGAGUGCAUCCAGACAUGCUGGUUCCAGUGUGGGACAGUCAGCUGCGUGGUCAGUAUCGCAGUGUUGUGCGGAUGAUUGGGACCAACCUCCCACUGGCACCUACACCACGUGUCCACUUCCAGGUCCCUCUGCUCAACUACAGGGCUCAUGGUCACGAUGACAUCAAUGUGGGUACACCUCCCAUCCCCUCAUUCGCUGACGUUAUGUGGGUGUUUGAAGACGAGGGGGAAAGCUUUGCAAAGACAAGGAACCAUUUGCCUCCAAAAACACAAAGUACGGUUAAAGGAGAUGUGCUGAGGUACACACGGCCCAAUCCAUCCCAGAGAGGAGGCCGAUCUGUAAGACCGACAGCUGAGCCGGACGCACUGAAGAAGAUCAGCGCGCUGGAGAACGAGCUGCUCAAAUUACGAGCUCAGAUUGCCAUGAUUGUUACUGCUGCUCCUGACUCGGAGUCCUGUAAUUCACCUGCUAUGGCUUUGAUGUCUCCUCCUCCUCCGCCAACUCUCACCUCCACGCCUCGCUGUGCUCCUCCUCCUCCUCCGCCUCCUCCUCCACCUCCUCCUCCUCCUUGUAGUAACUCCUCCUCUGAGAGUUUGUCUAUAUUAGAACUUCUCCGCCAGCGCAGAAACAAUGGAAAAGAACUUGAUAAGGGUCAGCUAAGACUUCAGGAGAACAUAAAAGGGAUGCCGUCCAUGCUGGAUGUUCUUAAAGACUUAAAUCAUGUUAAAUUACGUUCAGUGGAGAGAUCACCGGGUGGAACACCGGUCAGAAAGCGGCGCAGUAAGGGAGGUCUUGCAUCACUCAGCGACCCGGCUGCUCUUAUCGCUGAGGCACUGAAGAGAAAGUUUGCCCAACAUCGCCAUAACAAUUCUUCUGACAAAGAAAACUCAGUCGAACUUUCACCUUUCGGCAGUCCAGAAACACACAAGGUUCCUCUCCAUACCAGACGCAGUCAGGGGCGCCUCCACCUCUGAUCCUGUGAGAAGCUUUUCACCCAAAACGUCAAACAUCCUGUCAGUCAAAUGCAGCUCCCACGGAUGUGCCUCACACACAGACUACUACUGCAGCUAAUAUUUUACAUUUCCUCUGUUUGUUCCUUGUCUGUUAGUGUUUUGUUUUACAUGAACAAAUUGAUUUUUUUGUCUUGUUGUUUGGAAGCUUGAAUGUAUAUUUUCUGAGAGUGCUGGCUUUAAAGAAGUGUUUUGGUACAGUUGUUUUUGUUUUGUACAGAGUAAUGCUUACAGUGUUAUUGACACAUCCAUUUGUUAUAUGUUUUUAAAGUAUAAUGUGUUAAAACAGGCAGAGAUUGCAGCUUUUAAUUAUCUAUCUUAAUGUUGAUUCUUACCUCAACCAAUGAAAAUAAUAACAGUGGGCUAUAAGGUUAACACGCCUCUACUCUAUGCAACUGCUGUUUCCUGUUUUAUUUUAUUAAACAUUUUAACUGCA